AUGUCAGAUUUUGAAUUUUCAUUUACAUCAUUGGAUUUGUUUAGUAAUGGAAAUGGAGGAAUCAGUUCACAGCAGCAGCAGCAACAACAACAACAGCAAACAGAUAACCGAGAUCAACAAUUAAUAAAGAUAGAUAACAAUGCACCAGAGUUGGUUUUGUUAGUUGGUCCACCGUGUUCAGGUAGGACUUUCUACUAUUAUCAACACUACAGAUCGACACACAUCAGAAUAUCCGCUACAGAACUGUUUCAGAAGGAUCGUGAACUUUCAUUUCGAUCGAUCAUUCAGAAUCGUGUGUUACGUGCACUCCAAGAGGGCAAGAGUGUGGUGAUCGAUGACACCAAUCACAUGAAAUCGAUACGUGAGUCGUACAUUCAAGCACUGAUAAAAUCAGAGACACCGGUGUCUCGCAUCGUUUGCUAUAACUUUAUACCGUCGGGAGGCGAACUACAGAUUCAAUGGGCAUUGUCAUGGGCAUACAGUGAGCGGUCGAUGGUCGAAAGCGUCGGCCAAUCGCAAUUCAAAUCACUAGAUUACGUGCAAUUCAAAGCAGAGUAUCAGACUCCACUGAAGCGCGAGGGAUACAACAUGCUCAAGGAUUUGACGACACCACUGUUUUUCAAUCAGCACAGCGAUGAACAAGAGAAAGAGUUGAGCAACAUCGCCCUGUUUCUCGACUCGCGAACACUCAUCGCGUUUGUCGAUCGUUCGAACCAAUCGCCUUUCAAACUGCCAGCGGGAACACUCAAGUUUAAGUACGCAGUUCAACUCAUCGCGUCGGCGGACGCUACGAUCAAACAAUGGAUAUCAAACUACCCAAAGAACGGACCGAACGGUCAGCAUCGUAUCAUCAUGCUAAUCGAUGAGGUAUCGCUAUUUCCAGCGUCGAUCGAUUAUACCGAUCAGAUAACAGUUGAAUACUAUAGAAAAGAGUUGAAAAAGGUUAUCAAACAACUAUCGGACUCUAUUUGUUAUCCGGUUUACUAUUACUAUGUUCCAGCAUUGCAGCCCGGUAAUGAAUUCUAUCGAUUCCCAAACCUAGGUCUAUUUGCUAUAGCUCAAUACAGACAUCGACUAUCUCUCCAGAAAUCAAUCGUUGUCGUCGAUGACGCCGAUCCAAAACUAGCGACAUCAAUACCAUUCAAAGUUAUUUUAUCAUCUAAAUUCUUUCAAGAUUCAACAUGGUCAAUUGAAUCAAAAAUAUCAAAGAAUUUAUUAGAUAAUGUAGUUAAUAUUCCUUCUUUUCUGGAAAGUGUACAGUUUGUAAAUUAUGAUGAUAUCGAUGGUUUCGUACCAGAGAGAGGAUUACCAAUGUUUUCAAAGGCUUUGAUGAGAAAGAAUGAGAAAACAACAACAGAGGAGCUUUUACCAUCUGGAAAGAGACAUGGAGUCUAUAUUCCGCAAGAAGACAAAGUACAGAGCGAUCAUCAACAAGAUCAAAUAGAUUCCGACCAAGUUGUUUUCGAUUUCGAUUUCGAAACGGAUGACACUAAUGACAAUGACAAUGGUCAGAACACUAGCACAAAAGCAACAACGGAAUCCAAUUUCGAUGAGAAUAGCAAACCGUUGCCAUGGGUUGACAAUCGAUUCAUGGUUGAAUUUGGAAUCGAUUCACAGAGUGUUUAUCGUGGUGAUUCUUAUUACCGCGAGGCAAGACUUAGCAAUGUGGAGCUCAGUCAUAGUGAGCCCGACUAUUCUUCACCGUCGAUCGCUGUUCGUGCUCAAUGCAAAGGAACAUCGCCUCAGCCAUAUUCACUGUUGAUCCGAUACCGAAUGAAAGGCAAUCGUAAACUCCCCGAGUGGAUGGCACCUGGCAAACCAACCACUUCACAUUCAGAGUACAAAAAAGUGUCGCCACAGAAGAAGACAUUGAAUCUCUAUUUCCCAGAGAAUGAAGUAUCAAACAGUGGAAGACAAGUAACACCAAAGAAACAUGGCAAAGCAUCAUUGACUGAACCUCUAGAUUCGUCGCCGGUGAAAAAGCAAACUUCUACAACAAUUAAUUCCGAUCUUUUCAUUCAACAACUAUUUGGAAAUCAAAGAAAGAGUUAUAUCAAUGAUAACAGUAGCAACAAUAGUGGUGACGAUGACAGCAAUAACAAAGCUAAUCAAAAUAGUAUGUUGGCAAUGGAUACUACCAAUGGUUCCGAUGAGUUUUGUGUACCAAGAACAAACUCUGAGGAGUUUCUUCGCUCAGUAAUACAGAAGGAAUUUAACAACACUCACGAACCAGUCCAAUCAUUUUCAUUAAUGUCAAGUCAAGAUGACAAUACAACAACAACAACAACAACAUCAACAUCCACCACAACAUCUUCAUCUCCAACAACCAAAAAGAAAAUAAGUUUAAAGCAAAUAUUAGAGAGCCAAGGUUUUCAAAUCGAUAUUCCAUCUUCACUAUCAACUUCAUCACCACCACCACCACCAGCCACAAAUUAA